CUUAGUCGUGUUCCUAGGGCUCUUCUAGACACGACUUCGGCUGAACCUGAGGGGCGCUUCCAGCGAUUUUUCUUCAGUUGAACUUUGGCCUCCCGUCCAGAUGCUCUUCAGUUUGGUGCUCCGCCAGCCCCAGUUUGGCGUCCCAAGAAAUGGUUGGUCUUCGCAUUAUCCUCUGCAGUCCCUUCUUACUGCUUAUCAAUGCAGUUAUGGUGAUGAAUAUAUUUCUUAUGGAGAAACAGGAGUCCCCGUUCCUCCUUUUGGCUGCACCUUCGCUACAGCUCCCAAUAUGGAGCAUGUACUAGCAGUUGCCAAUGAAGAAGGCAUCGUGAGGCUAUAUAACACAAAAUCACAAACUUGUAAAAACAAGUGCUUUAAAGAAUGGUUGGCUCACUGGAACGCUGUCUUCGACUUGGCCUGGGUUCCUGGUGAAUGUAAACUUGUUACAGCAUCAGGAGAUCAAACAGCCAGGUUUUGGGAUGUCAACACCGGUGAACUGAUGGGUGCGUGUAGGGGUCAUCAGUGCAGCCUCAAGUCUGUCGCCUUUUCUAAAUUUCAGACAGCUGUCUUCUGUACAGGUGGGAGAGAUGGCAAUAUUAUGGUCUGGGACACCAGGUACAACAAAAAAGAUGGAUAUUAUAGGCAAGUGAAUCAAAUCAGUGGAGCUCAUAAUACCUCAGACAAGCAAACCCCUUCAAAACCGAAGAAGAAGCAGAAUUUAAAAGGACUUGCUCCGUCUGUGGAUUUCCAACAGAGUGUUACUGUGGUCCUCUUUCAAGAUGAGAACACAUUAAUCUCAGCAGGAGCCGUGGAUGGGAUAAUUAAAGUAUGGGAUUUGCGCAAGAAUUACACUGCAUAUCGACAAGAACCCAUAGCAUCCAAGUCUUUCCUCUACCCAGGUAGCAGCACUCGUAAACUAGGGUACUCUAGCCUGGUGUUGGACUCCACUGCCUCUACUUUAUUUGCUAGCUGCACUGAUGACCACAUCUAUAUGUUCAAUAUGACUGGGUUGAAGACUUCUCCAGUGGCUUCCUUCAGCGGACACCUGAACUCUACCUUUUAUGUGAAAGCCAGUCUUAGUCCAGAUGACCAGUUUUUAGUCAGCGGUUCAAGUGACGAAGCUGCCUACAUCUGGAGGGUCUCUACCCCUUGGCAUCCUCCCACUAUGCUCCUGGGUCAUUCACAAGAGGUCACAUCUGUGAGCUGGUGUCCAGCAGACUUCACGAAGAUUGCAACGUGCUCAGAUGACAAUACACUUAAAAUCUGGCGACUGAAUAGAAGUCUGGAGGAGAAACCAGAAGGAGACAAGUCUUCCGUACUGGGUUGGGCCUCUCAGAAAAAGAAGCAGGAAAGAGACAGCCUGGUAACAGCAAUGAGUAGCCAGAAUACUCCAGCCAAAGCCCCCAGGGUAAAGAGCAGUCCAUUGGCUUCCUCACCAUCAUCAGCAGCUUGUGCUCCAAGCUACACUGGAGAUCUCCCACUUCCUUCUAAUACGCCCACGUUAUCUGCUAAAACCCCUCCCGCCACGGCCCAGUCUCCUACAAGCAGAGGCUCCUUCUCCUCCAUCUCUCCCAAACCAUUUUCUCUCAAGAUGUCAAUUCGAAACUGGAUGGUCCAAACACCUUUCUCAUCUCCUCCAAUCACUCCACCUGCUUCUGAGACCAAGAUCCCAUCUCCAAGAAAAGCCCUCAUUCCUGUGAGCCAAAAAUCCUCCCAAGCAGCAGCUUGCUCAGAGUCUAGGAACAGGGUUAAGAGGAGACUCGACUCGAGCUGCCUGGAAAAUGUGAAACAAAAAUGUUUGAAGAGUUGCAGUUGUGUGACUGAGCUUGAUGACAAAGCUGACGGGCUUCAUUUGGAUCUGUGCUGCCUUGCUGGUAACCAGGAAGACCUUGGUAAGAACUUAGAAAGUCUUAGUAAAUCAAGCAGAGUUGAAGGAGCUAAUAUGAGCAUCUCCGAGCCCCCGUCUCCUGCCAGUCCUUAUGCUUCAGAAAGCUGUGGAGCACUUCCUCUCCCUUUGAGAUCUUGUGAAGAAGGAUCUGAAGUCGUGGGCAAAGAGAAUAGCUCUCCGGAGAAUAAAAACUGGUUAUUAGCCAUGGCAGCCAAGCGGAAGGCUGAGCUCUCAUCUCCUAGUUCCAGGAGACAAAGUGGAAAGACAUCACCAAGCCCGGUCGCUGUGACUCCCUGCACAAUGAGAAAGAUCUGUACCUACUUCCAUCGAAAGUCCCAAGAUGACUUCAGUGGUCGCCCUGAACAGUCAGCGUAACUGUAGAUUCUAAUGUGAGUGUAGAUUCUAAUGUGAACUAAAUGGCUCACUACAGCAAAAUGAGAAAUAUAUUAAAUACCAGGCGACUGUAUACUAUAGUCUUUAUAUAAACUACUCUCUUUUUUAUUUUUAGAGAAAAUUCUUUGAACUUGGAAAUUCUCCUAGUCUGAAUCUAUUACCAUAUUAUUUAGGCAGCGUCCUUGGGAUGAAUGCUCUAUCCAAAUUUCCUAAAGUAAAAUUUUAUCACUAACAUUUUCAAUGAAUUAGUCAUUGUCUUUUUAAAUUAUUCAUCUUCUCUACAAUCCCAACUCAUGGAGGCAAAAAGACACGUGAUUCUUGUCACUGAAGCUUUCUGUGUCAGUGAGAAAUGUCUGCCAGCCGCAGCAGUAAACCUGUUGUGUGUUAACCCUCUACCUAAACUCCCUGCUUCUAGUCUGCCUUACCUACCUGUAAGGUUAUUUGAAAUAUAUAAUCUUUUCACUACGCUUUUGUGAUUUGGGUUUUCCUUUUCUGGUAUGACGUAAGAUGAUAUUCAGACCAGCCCUUUUGUGCUGGUUCGGUAGAAAGUACAGUCUGUUGAGUCCUCUCUUCAGUUUACAACCAGUGACAGAUGCCAUCUCCUGGAAGAACUGAGCACAGCGGGAGCUUUGUUCGUCUUCGUUUCACCAAAUGGCGGUGGUCUUCACUAUUCCUGGGCGAGAUGUGGCAUCUCCAUCUUGUUAGCUAGCAGUUACCAACCCAGCAUCCCCUUCUGUUUGGGGAGUUAAGACUUACAGAGGAAGAUGUGUAUAAAAUCAAGUCACACGGUGAAACUGAGCCUCAAAAUCAGCUGUCAUAUUCAGUUCUCAGAGUCUGCCACUUUAAAUAAAUAAAUAAAUAGGCUAUCAGAUUUUAA